CAUUGGUCUUCGAUCUCUUAUCCCUUCACUCACAACUUUAGCAUACAAAAUAAAAUUAUGAAUAAGUCAAUAUUGCUGUCAAUAUACAUUAAUAUCUAAGAGAAUUUUUCUUGUAAUCGAAAAUUAUAAUUUUAUAUAUAGCUUGUAUGAAUUUUAUUCACAAAAAUGGAUAAGUUAACAGUGAUAUCCGCCACACUUUUCAUGGCUGCUGAUGUUUUUGCCAUUGUAAGUCUUGCAAUGCCUGAUUGGAUAAUUACAGACAUUGGAGGUGACACUCGUCUAGGUCUUAUGUGGUCUUGCAUGACUCUAUACAACAGACCUCAAGUUUGUUUUACUCCAGACCUUCAACCUGAAUGGCUUUUGGCACUUAUUUGCAUUUUCAUUGGCUGCAUAUGCAUCACCACCACUGUUAUACUAUUAGCUUCAAGUCAUUUUGACAGAAAUGUGGUCCCAUAUGCAAGAUGGGUUGGUUUUGCAGCAAUGGUUGUAUUCUGCUUAGCGGCAGUCAUAUUUCCCAUGGGUUUCCACGUGGAUGAGAUUGGAGGACAACCUUAUCAAUUACCAAACAGUCAUCAAGUUGGAAUCUCCUACAUAUUAUUUGUUCUCUCCCUUUGGAUAACAGUGAUAUCUGAACUUUUUGCUGGGAAAGUGUGUCUCCCACACUUUUAAGCCUCUAAACUAAACUAUCUGAUUAUUAUCAUUAAUAGGUGAAUAAAGUUAGCAAAAAAAAUUCUCUUUAA